UAUCAUUUUGGGGACAUAUUUUCCAAUUUGUUUAUAUCUUGGAUUGUAGGUUCUUCCUUGUCAGAUCGGGAUUUUGGUUCGUUUUCGUUCUUGGAUCUUGUUGCUUCCCCUUUGGUUACCCUUUAUUGAAAAUCAGGUAAAAGGUGAUCGAGUUGAGUUGGAAGUUAAAAAUUCGAAAUAUAAACACACAUACUAUGAUUUCUUCUCUUGUUCUCGGCUUAGCAAAAUCAGUGUCGUAUCCAUAUCCCAUCAUAUCUUAUCAAUGUGCACAUACAGGUUUCUGUGCUUCGUAGUGUUGAAAUUUAUUAGUUAUUAUUUUGCUAGCGGGCUUUACUUUUCAGUUUGAGUAUUUUUUUUCCCCCUUCAGCUCUGCCUCUGCACGCUGUCUUUAUAAACACAUAAGCUGAAAAUCUUUGGUCUACAGUAGUUCCUGUUGGGCACUUUCUUAUGGAACCUAUUUUUGCAUUCUGUUUUUCGUCGGUGGGAAUGCUGGCGGUGUGAAGAGAACUGAAGAGGAAGGGCGAGCAUAUUGAACAUGACAACUACAAUUGUUCCUACACUUCUUAACCGUAAAAACUAUGACGAUUGGAGUUCUCGGAUUAAGAGCUACUUGUUGGCCGAAGAUCUUUGGGACGUUGUCGAACGCAAGUAUGACAACAACAACAACGAGGCUUUGAGGAAGAAGGAUGCUAAAGCCUUAUAUGCAAUCGAGAAUUCUUGCGGGAAAGAUGCGUAUAAACUUAUCAAGGACGCAGACACGGCCAAUGGCGCAUGGGAUACUUUGCAAGAAACUUUGAGACCAGCAUAUAAUCGAUCAUCAGAUGAACAAGGUAUGAAGACAAUUGUUGAAGCGUAUAUGUCUCUGACUCUGACCCCACUGGUGGUAAUGGAAGAAGGGCGCACUGGAGGGCAUGAUAAUAUCCGUGAAACUUUCGUCAAAUAUGUGGAGUCUAAUGAUUGGGAUAAUGCGAUCGAGUUUCUUAGCCAACAUCGCCAGCUAGGAAGUGAAAGAAUUUUUCAUGACCGUACAGCUCUUCACUGCGCAGUAAAUGGGUUAAGCAAGUGCAGCGUGCGCAAUAUGGAACAGUUGAUGGAGUUAAUGGCAAAGAAAGACUUGGCAAUACAAGAUAUCUUUGGCUGUACAGCUCUUCACGACGCAGUUUGUGAUUCUAGAGAGUUCAGCGUGCGCAUUGUGGAAAAGUUAGUGGACUUAAUGGAAAAGAAAGACCUGGCAAUACAAGACUUCCGUUGCCGUACAGCUCUUCACAACGCACUCUGUGAGCCUAGCAAGUUGAGCGUGCGCAUUGUGAAAAAGUUGGUGGACUUAAUGGAAAAGGAAGACUUGGCAAUACAAGAUGAUCUUGGUCGCACAGCUCUUCAUUAUUUAGUAAGAGAAUAUCCAGAAAGGGUUGAAGUAGCCAAAUGCAUGGUUGAUAAGAACUACAAUUUACCUACCAUUUUUACUACAAGUAUGCCUCCAGUUGUCGUGGCUGAGAUGCAGGAAAAAGGAAAAAGAAUGGCUCGCUAUCUCUAUUCCCUCACUCCACGCCAAACACUAAGAGUUCGCGAUGGAGCUCAACUUAUUUCUAGCGGUUUUCUUCACAAGAGAUUUGAUAUUGUCUGGGAUUUGAUUCAACGUUAUCCACUGUUGACCUUGGCUAAAGACCACAAUGGAGAUUUCCCCUUAGUAACAUUGGUAAAAAACCGUUCAGCAUUCUUAAGUGGAAGCCAACUCACCUUAUGGGAAAAGUUGAUCUAUUAUGGUAUACGCAUAAAACCUCUUCCUCCCAUUAAUGAAAAUGGCCUGAGUGAUCAAAGGCCUCUCUCAAACCAAAAAAAGAAUCAAAGGCAUCUAAUCUCCUCAGGAAUAAUCAAUCGUAUAUAUGAGAUGAAAUUGAUGCAUGAGCGGGUCCAUCAGUUUUUACCUCUCAUAUUUAAAGCCGCAACGGAUGUAGUUCCAUCAGUUUCUACCCCUCACAUUAUUGAAGGCUUGCAUGAAGCAUUGCGUGUUGCAGCAGAAUGUGGGCAUGCAGAGUAUUUUGUUCAUAGGUUUAAUGUCGGAAUGGAUGAGUCCUUUAAAUCAAAUGAUGAUGUUUACUCAAUUUCAUUAAAUGAUCAAGUGAACAGGACAAACCAGAGCAUGUUCCAUAUUGCUGCUGAAUGUCGUCACCACAAACUUUAUAAUCUUAUAUAUGUCAUCCAUGAGUUGAGCCAAGAAAAAAAAGAAGAUAAAGAUGGCCAAAAACGAUUCCGUCAAAUGCAAGGGGCAGUGGGGCGGAAAGAUUACUUUGGCAAUAAUGUGCUACAUACUGUGGCAAGUAUUACCUCAGUUUCACGGAUUGAUCACAUUCGAGGCGCAGCUUUGCAAAUGCAAAGAGAACUACAAUGGUUCAAGGAGGUGGAGAGCGUUACAGAUCCCAAAGAUCGUGAAUGUCUAAAUGAUGAUGGUAUGACACCACAAGAAUUAUUUAAGGAGAAUCAUAAAAAAAUGGGGGAAGAGGCAGAAAAGUCAAUGAAAGAAACAGCAACUUCGUGUACAGUUGUAGGUGCUCUCAUUGUCACCAUCAUGUUUGCUGCAGCAUUCACAGUUCCUGGUGGUAAUGAUGAAAAGACAAGUCUUCCUAAAUUCUUAACUAAAAAAGUAUUCACAGCAUUUAUAGUUUCGGAUGCAAUCUCGCUCUUUUCUUCAACAACUUCGGUUAUCAUGUUUUUAGGCAUUCUCACGUCACGUUAUUCUGAAGAUGAUUUCUUCAAAUCUUUGCCCACGAAAAUGAUAAUAGGCCUUUUCACCCUCUUCUUAUCUAUCACCACCAUGAUGAUUGUCUUUUCUUGUGCCCUUUACAUUAUGCUUGACGGGAAAUCGUCGAUUGUUAUUCCAAUCAUUUUGAUUGCCAGUGUUCCAGUUGCCUCCUUCAUCUCGAUGCAAUUUCCGUUGCUUGUCGACAUAUUUAUUUUUACGUAUGGACCAAGUAUGUUUGGUGAGAACAACAAAACAUGGUUUAAAUUCCUCUGUGAUCUUUAUUAGUUAUUUUUAAGAAGCUUGUAAAGUGAAGCCAAUGUAUGCGCUUUUUAUUUAGCCAAUUAUAUAUGUGCUUUUUCUUUGGUUAAUAAUGUACGUUCUUUGAUCUUAAAACAAAAUUCAGUCUUCAAUUUA